CGGAAGACCCUGCGCCAUUUCCGGUGCGAGUUCGGGCUCCGCGCGCGAAACAUUCCUCCUGUUUACUUGAAUUCGACUGAAGAUUUGUAGCUUUAGAGCAGACGUGUGAUGUGCACCGCAAUGGACAGUGUGGAGGUCAUUAUCGUAUCGAGUGAUGAAGAUGAGCCAAAGGAAGAAGAGGUGUCUGUGCUGUUUGUGGAGGCAGAGCCUGUUCACAAGAAUGACUUGAUAUUAUGCAGCAGUGGCGUGGAGGAGGACUUGGUGGUGACGUUCUCUCGGCGCGCUGACAUACUGCCCCACGCUCGCUACGACUGCCCCAUCCAGCCCUUUAUGGCCACAGAGUGUGAGAUCAGCGCUCCAGUGCACAACAACCAGCUCAUGUGUGAACAGUGUUUCUGCUACAUCUGCGACAAGCUAGCCUCACAGUGUAAGGAGUGGAGCUCCAGUGGAGUGUGUCACUGCAACAGCCACAAGAAGAGCACCUUCUGGAACAACCAGAGGAACAGCAGCCUGCUCGGAGGUCUGCAGACCUUUAACCUGACAUUGUGUGAGAUCGACUCGCACCUCAGGCAUGCAGAAAUGUUGCUGCAGAGAUUCAAAGAAGAGCUAUCUGUCAGAUUCUCUACAUAUUUGAGAGGGAAACCAGCAGAAGAAUACUGCUCCACAGGACAAGGCAGGGUCCAUGAUUACACCCCGGUCUAUGAGUGUGUUGGCUCUUUCCUGGACCUGGCAGAGAGACAGGACAGCAGAGCGGGGGCCAUCAUGCUUCUGGGGGCUGCAGAGGCCUUUGUGAGGCACUACCCUGUGUCUAGCGCGGUCACACUACAGACUCCAAUGUCUAACGCUGCUGAAGCAAGAACACAACUAAUAAACAGAGUGAUCUCGUGGUUACAAAGACAAAUGGUGAUGGGCGAGUUCACCGCAGAAUUCACCCAAAAACUGCAAGAGUUCUACAAGAAGCUCUCUCUGCCCGCUCAGCUCAAGGGCCUCAAGAACAGUCUGUGUGUGCGUCCGUGGGAUGACGUGCUGCUGGGCUCGGUGCUGCGGGGACAGAACGUGUGUGGCUAUCGUAAAGAGCGAAAUGGCAAAAAGGACGUCCUACUGGAGCACAUCUCUGUGGUGCAGCUGAGGACGGAGAAACUGCAGCACCAGGGCAGGUACAAAGAGCUGUGUCGCUACCUCCGAGUGGUCCAGACUGAUGACCCCAAAAUUUUCCACCAGGUGCUGGACCUGACUCCCUUCUUCCUGUGUCUUGACGGACAGCUCAGUGCCGCCCUUCAGAACCUCCUGACCUCCCAGAGCUCCCGCCUCUCGCCCCACCUCUUUCUGUCCUACCUGCACAUCUUUAAAACAGCCACAGCUCCAGUGCAGAUCCUGCAUGUGCACUCUGACCUCUGCUCCCCCAGUGCUGCCUGGAAGCCUAUCCCAGGUGCCGUGCCUCUGAAGCGUGUGGACUUGGUGAAGUUUGCUCUCAGAGCUCAGGCCUUCUGCUCUGACAUUGUCAAUGAUUGUCGGUGCUGGAUCAGCGUACUCUCAUUGGUCAGCUCUCCUGCUAGACAGUUGGGUGGCCUUCUGGAGCCCAGUGCAGAGUAUCUUGAAGAGUCCAAAGACUUGGUCAAGUCUCUCGUGCUACAGAGCAAGAACACAUGCAGCUUCCUUAUCCCUCGCCACGUCCUGAAGGUGUACCCAGACCAGGCUCUACUGCUGCUACUUACUGAGGCUCUGGUUCAGAGGAUCCAGGCCCGCCCCUUCCACCCCGUGCUCCCUGUGCUCCUCUGCUUUCAGAACAACGUGUGGGCUUUGCGCUGGCUCUGGGACAGUCUGUCGUCCUCCGAGCGUUUAAGCUACUUCAUCACAGAGGUCACCCAGGAGCUGGACCAGAGCACAGACAAGUCGCUGGACUUCCUCCGCAUGUUGAUACCUCCCUCCAGACACUUAGAUCAGCUUGUAGGCAGAAGUGGACUGUGUCGCAAAUGAACGCUCACCACGAUGUCCAGCAGUGGUCUCCAGAGAGGAGGCCUGCUCACCUCUAGCCCUGCUGCUAUAGGACUUCCUGUUCCUGUUUGAGUCACUUUAAUCAGUUCUGCUAAACACCCAAAGUGGGUCAGUGUAAUGUUAUCUUAAGU